AGAUAGCUAGCUUGCUCUUAAAAGUGUAAAGCUUUAUUCAUUUGUCCUGAUGUGGAAGAAGGGAAGCUGCUAGAGAGAUCGUGUCUCUCUUCUGCAGGGGCAGAAUAACUGUUGGAAAAGUACAUCAGCAACGUGUAGGUGUAACAGAGACGCACGAACAUGAUGAACUCUAUGACCUUUGAAGAACAAACAAAGAAAAUUGUGGAAGUAUUAUUUAACGACUUAAUCCAGGAGAAAUCUCGAACGUGUUUUCGUGGCCUACAAGCCAAGUGUGAAGUUAGGUAUCAAGGUCUGAGAGUUACCUCUGCAGGCACCUUUGACCCAGCUGCUAUUGCCAAGACACUGCAACGCCUAGGAGAUGAGUAUAAUGCAGAAGUAGAGGCAAAAGUACAAGGAAUUCUUCAAGAGGAAAACAUGCUGAAGAAAUUCAGAGAAACAAUAGAGCAGCUGAGUCGUAAUUCUGGGCUGGAGUAUGAACAAAGCUUCCUGGCUGUUGCUGUGAAACUGUUCAAGUGCCUCGCACGGAGUGCUCCUGCUGUAGUGGAACCAGACUUACUCAUACAGACAAUCAAUGGAAAUCCUGAAGUGAGAGGCUAUAUUGAAAGGCAAGGUGGUUGGGAGAACUUGGGAAACAGAGAAGGCCAGCACAAUUCCUGAUAUGUCACCUGCAAUACAUGGAGAAUUUAUGUACUUUGCUGCUUCAGCGAAAAUGGGGUUUCUACAGCAGGGUUGAGCAGAGGCUGAAAAGCAAUAAAAACAAAAAUUAAACAAACAAAAGACAACUGCA